GAUCUCCUAUUCGAAUCUCUUUCUUGCCUUUCAUUCCAUUUUCUUGCCAUCACUCGUUUGUUGUUAGCGUCAUGAAUCAGACAAAAUAACGGUCAAUUGGUGCUCUAAUUAUCAAAAAAUGCAAUAAACUGGACGCAAAAGUGCAAAUAAGUAGUUGAAUUUUACUUUGUGAUAAGUGAUUGAGUGAGGAUAUAUAGGAUUUCCGGGUGUUUAGGAUAUAUUUCCUGUGCGAUCUCGAUCUUUUGUGUGAAAUGUCACUUUCUCAUACAGCAGGUUUAUAAAAUUGGUGGAUUUAUCUCAAAAAAACCUGUUGAUUUCGUGAAGUGAAAAAAGGAUGCAUACAGGAGUGAAAAAUUAUACGUCAACAUUACCCAGAAACCUUAGCCGGUCAAAGGGUAAUUGCGUGGAGAGGACAAGUAAUGCAGAGUAUGCCAUAGGUCUUGAGAGGGAUGACAUGAUUCGACCCACCUACGGUGCCUAUGCAUGCAACACACUACCGAGGGGGCCUUAUCUUCAAUACAAAUUUAAUGAUCAACAAAACGACAAUAAUACACGCCAGAGGCAACAUAUUGACGAGCUACGCAGAGAAUUUUUAAAUCUUCCAAGGGCUAAAUUGACCAUUCACGCCGAUGAGAGCCACCAUAAGACACAAACAUUGGGAAGAUAUGUCAAGAGAGAGGUUGGCAGGCAUAGCCAAAAUUUGAUUGUUAAGGACACAGACAGUCAGCAUAAUGUAGUACCCACGCCGAAUUAUCAAACAUUACCAAAAGCUUUUGCAACUAGCAGCAGUUAUCAGUACAAUAAUAGGGUAGAAAUGGCUAAUGUUCACCAGAUACAUACAUUGCAACAAAAGUCCGACCCAAAGCAGAAUCAAUUGCAAGCGGAUUAUGAAAUUUCAAAUUUCCCAUUUCCAUUCCAUCAUCAAGUAUCAGCCACCACUGCCACCGCAUCGAAUGUGUUAAAGUGCCAACCAGAAGAAAUCUAUCGUGCCAAAGUUUCCGCUUCUAUUUCAGCUGGAUGUCCGGGCAGUAUAUCAUCGGUGAAUCAAUUGAAUUAUGUGACGCUGGAUGAAGUUCUGAGAGUGAGGCCAAAUGGUUUUACAGCUUCCGAAGGAUGGGCACUUUUAUGUCAGACUGUUCAAGCACUUCAGGACUUAUUUCUAGCAGAUACACCAUCAACAUCAAGGAUUCUACCAUUGGUUACACCUACCAGUUUGCAAAUCACUUCACGUGGACGUGUGGCUUUCAAUAUUAUACCCGCUGGCCAGACAAUUGCUCAUGAACUCGGACGAAUGGCGUAUGGUGAUGCUGUGAAGUAUUUGGCACCGGAAUUCCUCACAGUCAUGGGCAAAAAAUUCACCUUCUCCGAAUCGGAUAUUGAAAAGAUGUGGAUCUACUCUCUGGGGGUCACUUUAUAUAUGACUCUUCCAUGUGCAUCGCCAACGGCAGCACCUCUUUCACAGGGUGUAGAAGGUGAUAAACAACAACCUGCACCUUAUGAAGAGCAGCCACUCUUUCAGCAUCAAAGUUCAUUGGCGCCAUUGGAUUUUGUGAUACGGUCAAUGUGUAACAGAAAUCUUCACAAUCGGAGUACGCUUAUGUACUUGCUAGAUGUAAUAUCGGAGUACUGCAAAGUUCAUCAUCAAGUGAAACCCUUCUCCCACACUGUUAUGGAAUUGUUUCAGCAAGUGAUCGAUCAAAAGGAGCACAGCAUUCCCAUCCGACACAUGGAUGAAAUAAAAUCUCAAGAAGAACACAAGAGCGACACAGAUUCGGGAAGAAGUUCAGAUCAUGGAGAAAUAUUUCGUGAUGGAUUGGAUGGAAAGGUGCAAAAACUCGAGGUGAAACGUAUGCCAUUGCAACAGCAAAAUGUUGAAAAUACUGUUGGAAAAAGCAGCGCUGCAAUUAUUGGACAGCAGAAGCCCACUAAAGUCGGUGAAGACUUUAAUUCGGGAACUUUGCAGGUGAUUCGGAGGAAGCGCAAAAGGGAGACACUACGUCGGAAUACAAUUGAUGUUAAUCAGUUGGAAUUGCAAAGUGUACGUCAGCAUAUGCUGAAUGCAUCGAAAUCAGCUACAUGUUUGCUGGAAAUGGCCACAAAUGAAUCUUUCAAUAGGAAAUUUGAUGAAAUUGACUUCACAAGUUGUGGCAUUUCCCUACCGGAUCUCCAUACGGAAGGCAAGACAGUCGCACAAACCCUGAAAGUGAGACGACCUGUCGGAUGCAUGCGGUUAAACGCAAAGGAAGAGAUUCCGGGCAAAUCGACAGGAUACAGUGAGAAGGGUCCAGAUUUCAUUGUUAAAUCCUUCGUGACUCCCAAGCAGAUUGAUAUUUCCGAUGCAAAAUGCCAAAGUCGUCGAUCCAUCAAUGUCUUACUCCUCAAUGGGCAUAUUAUCCAAAUUCUAUGUAAUCCUGUGACAACAACAACUCAUGAUGUUUUCCAAGCUGUAAUGGAGUCAGAAGAUUGCGGGGAGAAUUUUUUUCUUGGCAUAUGUGCAUUAAUUGGUGGUGAUUUUGUAUUUUUGCCACUUGAUCUCAAGAUUUAUAAGGUUGCACCCCAAGCAUGGAUAAAUGUAUCAAAGAAGGAGAAUUUGAUGGAAAAUAUAACGUUUUCACUUUUCAUUCGUAUAAAAUUUUACUUACCCACUUUGCGUGGUAUCAGUUCAUUGGAAUCUCGACAUACUCUGUAUUUACAAUUGAGAAAAAGUAUCCUGGAGCGACAUAUUCUGUGUACAGACGAUGAUCUAAUAACUCUAGGAGGAUUUGCAUUGCAAGCUGAAGUGGGUGACUUCAGAGAAAAUAUGAAAUAUAUGGAAUAUUUUACAUUGUCGCAUUAUUUGCCGGAAGGCGUUUACCAGAAGAAUCGAGAAAUGGCACAGUAUUUGAGGAAUUCGCACUAUCGCAAACGGGGCCUCUUACCACUGGAGGCGGAACACAGUUUUAUACGCUACGUGCAGGAGUUAAAGGAGUAUGGAUUGCAUCUCUACAGUGCAAUUUGGGUGGUUGACGAGCACACGAGCAUCAAUGUCUUUGUGGCAAUCUCAUUGCGAGGUAUUUGCCUCUUCCAUCGAAACUUGUCUCCAAACUUAAACAAUCACCUGGAAAUUUAUGCAGAAAAUUCCAAAAUACUGUAUCAGAGAAAAUUGUACGCGAAAUUUGAGUGGUUGGAAAUAGAGAAUUUGUGCUACUCAAAGCACAUUCUCUGUAUAGUCGUGAGGAAUUCUGAGAGUCUAAAAGCAAAGGACACUAAUAGAAUUAAGUAUAAACUCAGGAUGGAUGGAAGAAAGAGUUACUUUGCCUUCUCACUCGCCUCGGAUCAUCAUAAAUUCUACAUGACACUACGUAACUCAUUUGCUUCACUUAAGAUGAUAUCAAGUGAGUUAAAUGUUCCUUUGAGGGGGAAAUUGAAUCAAAGCAAUGAAUAUGACGAUGGGCAGAAUAUAUCGGAAUUUGUACCAAAGAUUGAGAAACCCACGAAACCACAGGGUAAUCGUAUGAGAAACUUAAAGAAGUCUAUGUUGAAUGACAACAAAUUGAUUAAAUUACGCCAAAAGUUUCUCAAGAGAUCGAAAUCUUCCGUUGAAAUUACUUCAGCAGUUGAAAAUCUCCGUCGUACCCAUAUAACACGUGAAGAGGUGCAAAAUAAGGAAAAUGAAUGUCCAUCAUCAAUUCCGGUGUCGACAAAUUCAUCACCGAGAAGUGCAACAUGGGGAAGGAACAAAGUGAAAAUGGGCACAAGGGUUUUCUCAUCACAAUUCCUUAACAAAUCAUUUGACAAUAUUUGCGACAAUGUUGUGAAUUCGGCACGAUCUGAGGGCAAUUACAGUCUCUUCGAACAAAGUUUUGCACCCAUAAAUGAGAAUUUAAUGGAACGUGAUUACUCAGACGGGGACAAUUCACUAAAGAGCACAAGUCUUGGAUCGAUUCUAUAUGCUAUUGAGAAACGCCCGGAUUCGCCACCAGCAACUUGCGAUGCUUAUGUCAUUCAUUCAUCCAUAAGGAGUAUGCAGAAUAACUACAGUCUACCCAAUGAGAGUAUUUCCGAUACAUUAAUGGAUAAAUUCAACAAUAUCUCAUGCAGCACCUCAACCAAUGAUAGAAUCAUUGCAAAAAUCAAAAUUGUGAAGGAUAAAGUUUCCGAUUCCAAGAGUAGCAGUUUCGAGCGUGUGAAGUUCUCCACCCUCAAUCCCAGUCGAAUAAGUAAGAAAUUGAUGAGGGUGAAGAAUAAGCUACUGUCGAGAAGUCAAGAAUCUGUAGUUGUUGAUGAAAAGAAAUCCAGCGGAUAUACUUUGGGAAUUAGUAUUGUUCAGGGAUCAGACAAUAAUAUGUACGUGAAGGAUUUAGUUCCAGAUGGACCUGGUGCAAGGAGUGGUAUAAGAGUUGGGGAUCAGAUUCUUGCUGUGGAUGGAAUAUCUCUCUUAAGUUUGCCAUAUUCGGAUGCACUGAAAUUGCUGCAAACCUCGAGUAGUGUUGUGGAAUUAGUUGUAUCUCAGUUAUUGCAUCCACCGCAUGAGCCACAAACACAAUUGAACGCCAAAGAAGACUCUAUGGCGUCGAAGGAAUCUCUUGAGAGAAAACCAAACAACAAUUUCGACUAUUUGCGGGAUAUGAAAACCCCUGAAAUGGAUUAUGCAUCGUCAAUUAAAUUACACGAAGUUGCCAAAGAAGAAAAGUCAAUCUCUAACAAUGCGAAUGGGGUUUUGUCUAAAAGUGCUCCCGACUUGCCAAAGAUUGUUGCAAUUAUUCCGAAGGAGCCUAAAAUGAAGAUGAAUAUUCAGAAAAAAUUCUUUGGACACCAAAAAUUUCCAGUCACUCCUGCAAAGGAACUAAAGAGAACGACAAUUGCACCAGUAAAUCGCCCACAACCUCUUUCGUUGCCAACAGAAUGUGCAGAGAAGCAAGUUUUCAUAUAACAUGUGCCAAAUAUUGGAUUUAUUGCCACCCCUCAAAGUGCCUCGAAUAGCAAAGAUAAAUAGAGAAAUGUUUAUAAACAUGCGGAAGAGAGCCAAUUGCAAGCGCAUAUCGGAAACAAUUCAGAGCACAAUGGCAACUCUUCAUUUUUAUGUGGAUCAUCAUGAAUAUCCAAAUUCGCGCAUUUCGACGAUUUCAUCCCUGAAAUUGGAUUCAGCAUCAAAGCGGAAUCCGCAGUGUGAAAAUUACGGCUUGUAUGCACUGAAGUGUGACCGUAGCAGGGCCUCUCAGCAUGGAAUUAUUUUGCAUAUUCCAACAAAGAAUGGCGGAAGUGGCAAAAAGACUCGGGAUCCAAAGGCGAUGAUUCAUGAAAAAUUUGAACCGUGCCAAAAAGGCAUUGAGUUGGUUGACGAGAACACAGGGGAGAAUACAGAGGAAGUGCAGCGAAAUGUGAAUCCUGAGUGGGUGAAGAAGGAUACCGCGGAGACACGUACAGCUGUGGUUGCGCCACCGCGACGUAAGCGUCAAGUGAAGAGGUCGCAGAAAACUAAAUUGUCCCAAUUGAAACUUAUGGCUUCACCUCCUGCCACCAUUAACGCAGAAAGAAAGGAUAUUGGGGGGAAAUUGCCGAGUGUGGAAAUUGAAAGUACACAGGCGCGUGUAGAAGUGAAUUUAAUGGAAAAUAGAUUGAAAAUAGCAAGGAGUCACCGACAGAGAGAGGAUGUGGAUAUUUUCAAGAAAAACCAUAGCCGUGCGUUUGAUGAAUUUGAUUCCAUUUUUGAUUCUGUCCCCCGUAGGGAUGAAAAAGCCAUGAAUAUUGACUCACCUCAGCCCCCGACGAGGCAUUCUAAUGCGAAAAAUGACACCAAAGUAAAAUUGAAAGAGGAUGAAAUGCACAAGAGCAACAAAGAGACUACAAAUACGAAGAUUGAAGAGCACCUGGAGAAAUCCAAGGUGCCACAAGGGUAUCCUGUGCCAAAUAUAAACGUAGAACAAUGGCAAAUGAGUAAUCAUAUGCCUGAGUGCAAAAUUAGUAGGAGCAAUAAUGGGGGGAUCUCACGCAUUGAGAGAAUCCAAUUUCACAAUGAAUUCAUUCCGAAUUCCUUCUCCUUGAAACAUUCCCCCAUUUCGGACCAUUCCAUCGUUUCGGCAACAUCCAAUUCAAUUGACUAUUACGUAAUUAAAUCAUCUGAAAGGAAAGUUACUCUACCACUUGCACCCAGGGUAGGAGGUGAAGGUAAAUUUGAGCACUUUGAUGACGAAAAUACCCAAAUUUGGACAAUUUAACAUUCCAUGGCACUCAAUAAAUAAGACACCUUAUAUUCCCAAGUUUAAUCCAAAAGAGCGAUAAAAGUUUAAGUGAAUAAUUUGAGGGACCUUUUAGAUAAAAUAUAAUUAAAAUUUUAUUUAUCUUUUGCUUAUACUAAAUAUAUAUAUACAUAUAAUGAAGCAUUUGUUUUUUUUUUAUUUUAAAUCAAUAUACCAAUAAAAUAUAUACAUAUACAUAUAAUAGUAAAUGUAUUAAUUGUAUAUGAAAAUAAAUAGAUAGAUAAAAAAAAUGUUUAUACUCAUAACAUUAUAAAAAAGAAAAGCAUGUAUUGUUAAUAAAUAUAAACAACAUGUAUGUAUUCUAAUUAUAAGAUAAUAUAUAAAGUAAAAAAAAAAAGAAAAAAAUGACACAGUUAAACAACAAUCUAAAAUACUCUGAUAAAUGGAUCACUGUGUAUAUACAUACACAUACAGCGAGUGUCAAUAUAAGGGAAGAAAUGGAAAUAUAUAUACAUACAUAAAAUAUAAUCUGUAGGGCACAUAAGAAGUUAAAUUGAAAAAUAUUGAUUAGUGUUGAGCAUUUAUAAAUAUAUACAUAAUACAGCAUAGAAAGAACAUGGAUAUUAGAAAAAAAAGCUCUGUUUAGCGUAAUAACGGCAAUAAAAUGUAUUAUUGGAAAAUUA